AUGUCGAACCAGCGAACGUCACGGCCCAAGCCCCCUCCUCCAGGCAACGAGGAAGCAUCAGCGACGCUGAACCUGGGCGAAUUCCAAAACGUCGAUACCCUGACUCUGUCGGAAGCCGCGCUGGUUUUGAACGCGCUGGUUGCUCGGCGGCGGAAUGAUCGCAAGAAUGUCAACGAGACUGAGAUGCUGAACCAGACGCUCAACUACCUUGACCACUUUGCCCGCUUUACCCAAAAAGAAAACGUGGAGGCCGUUGAACGUCUGUUGAGCGCGCACAAGGACCUGGCCAAGUUUGAGAGAGCGCAAUUAGGGUCGUUGUGCUGUGGGGAUGCCGACGAGGCCAAGACUCUGAUUCCCUCUCUUGCAGACAAGAUUAAGGAUGAGGAUUUGCAAGAUUUGCUGGAGGAGAUUGCUAAGCUACAAAACCGAUGA